AUGCCUAUUGAUGCUGAUUUGUUCAAUUAUGAUCAUAACAGCAUUUCUUCGGAUGAUAGUCAGCGAAUGGAUGAAAUUCCUACUAUGGAAGAGAUAAAGGAAGCUGUUUUUGAUCUUGGCGCUGAUAGUACACCUGGCCCUGAUGGUUUCUCGAGUUGUUUCUAUAGGCAUUGUUGGGAGGUGAUUCAACAAGACCUAUUCAACGCUAUUACUUAUUGCUGGCAAGAUAAAAUAAUUCCUCAAGGGAGGAACAUUCAUGAAAACAUUAGCGUGGCGUCGGAGAUGGUAAAUGAUCUUAAAACUAAACGUAAAGAUGGAAAUGUGGGUCUUAAACUUGACAUCACGCAAGCCUUUGACACGGGCAACAUGAAGAGUUUGCAUAAUCUUCUUUCUUUGCUUGGUAAGUAUCAAUCGGCCUCAGGGCAAACUGUUUGUCGUGAAAAGAGUAAGGUUUACUAUGGUGGUGGUUCUUUGAGUCGUUGUAGAACAAUCACAAAUUUACUUGGUAUGGAAGUGACUACUUUUUCGGACAAGUAUUUAGGUGUUCAAAUUAUGCCCGGUGUUGUUAAAUAUCGUCACAUUAGCAAUGUGAUUGAUAAAAUUAAGAAACAACUUUCUGUUUGGAAGGGGAAGUUACUUUAUUUUCAAGACAUAAUAGUUCUUAUUAAUUCGGUGAUUACAAGUUAUGCCAUUCACAACAUGGCGGUUUAUAAAUGGACUAAGAAGUUCAUCCAACAAGUUGAAAGGGUUAUUCGUAAUUUCCUUUGGUCUGGAGAUGCUGAGAUAGCAAGGAAAUUUGUUGUUGGUUUUCCUAAGGUUUGUUGUCCCUUGAAAGAAGGUGGUUUGGGUAUUACUAGCAUGGCAGUCACUAACAAGGCGCUUCUCAUGAAGUUUUGGUGGUGUAUUCGUGCUUCUAACAAGAAAUGGGCACGUUUCUUAUGGGCAAAAUAUACUACUAGGCAGGGUAAAAUUAAGCAAUAUGGUGUGAAGUCUUCAAUUCUUCCGGGCAUUAAAUUGGUUCAUACCAUUGUGGACAUAAAUACCAAGGUUCUACUCGGUGAUAGGAGGUCUACUUCUCUUUAUUUUGAUGUUUGGUAUGGUAAUGAAAGCAUAGCUGAUAUACUUGGUGACAUUGAACUUGAUAGUUCAGUCAUGGUUAGUGUUGUUAUUGUUAAUAAUGCAUGGCAGGUACACGGAAUUCAUGCUCAAAACUUGAUACGGGAUGGUGUUGAUCUUAAUAACCUACCAGAUUUGCAAGGGAGAGCUGACAGCAGAAUUUGGAUGCCUGAGCUUCUAGAAGAUUCACUAGAUGAGCUUCUUUUGUGUUUUGAUGGGGCGGCCAAAGGUAACCCUGGUAUGGCUGGUGCGGGAGUUGUAGUACGGGAUCAUGAUUGCAAUUUUGUAUGUGCCAUGAGCAUUGGACUGGGAAGAACUAAUAACUUUUUGGCGGAUCUUUACGGGGUGAUUGUUGGUUUGGAAUGGGCUAGGAAGUGGGUUGUUAGAAAAGUCUUGGCACGCUCUGAUUCAGUUGGCGCUAUUAUGGCCUUUUCAAAUUCUAAUGUGCCCUGA